CUAAUGGUUACUAAACUUCCACAUCAUUCAAUCUAUAACUGUUAAUUGUACAUCUCCAACCUCCCACACCCCACACCAUUCUUCAUCUAGCCAUCUCCAUUAUUAUCAAUUUUCAUCUCAAUUAUCUUCCCCUGAUCCUCUGUUAUAAAUAUAUGCAGCCUGCAAUAUACUCUUCAGUUCCUAUCCACUGCAUAUGGAAGACAAGACUCUCUGCUCCAAAGAACAGUCUUCUUAUUCAGAAGGAGAAAGUGGCUGGACCUCUUACUUUGAAGAUUUCAAGGUUUCAGAGAAGAGAAAAGCAUCAGAAGCAGCUUCAUGUAGCAGCUGUUCUUCGAGCCUUCACGAAGCUGGCUCUUCAAUGGUGUCCGACGCCGCUUCUUGUACUGCUUGGAAGACUCAUCACAUCACCGGAGAGAUUGCCGGAGAGCCGCUGCCGCCGCCGGAGAGGUUGGGAAACCUAAGCUUGAAGAGGAAGAUGGGAAGAGGAGUUUUGGGAGAUGAUUCCUUGGAAGACACAGCUAGUUCUCCUGUAAAUAGUCCAAAGGUUGGUGAAUUUAAGGUUUUGGAAAUGAAAACAAGGAAGAAGGAGGAGAGCAAGGAGAAGAUGUCUGGUUCUGGGGACUGUAAAGGGCAUGCAAGUGAAGGGAUUAAGGAAGCUAACUAUACGGGAAUAGUUGAUCAGUGUUCAGAGAUAAGAAAACAAGGGCUUUGUUUGGUUCCUAUUUCUAUGUUAGCAAAUUAUCUUGGUUAAAUAAAUUAGUAAUUAUAUCAUAUUAAUCAUCUCUCUCUCUCUCACCCUCUCUCAAUUCUAUUUCUUAGUUGUUAGAACAUGUUUUUCUAUCUAUGCUAUUUUCUUUUUUGUUUUGUUUAAUUUGGGUACUUAAAAGUUUUCUCUCUUAGUAGGAGUUUGAAAAAGAGAGGUUUGGAAGCUUAUGUUGUAGAGAACAUUGGACAUGCUUAUUUGUAAAGUAAUAACAAAUGAUU